AUCAGCAGCAGCACUGGUGGUGGUGAUGGUGACAUUGGAUGUUUCUCCUGCUAUAUAAUCUCUGGCUGGAGUUAGAUCAGCAGCUGUGUUAUUGACCAAGCAGGAAAGAAUCUAGCAAGCAAAAUCCCAAGCUCAAACACCCAUACAACAGACUUCCUCGUGCGUACCUACCUGAAUACACUAUUCCUAGCUCCAACCAACCCAAGAGAAGUCUCAUUCAUCAUCAACACCCUUAAAAACAAAAUGUGAUGGAAACUCAAGUUGUGGUACAACAGCAGGUGUUUAACAGCUGAAUGAAUCAUGAUGUCACACGACAAACACCCGCGGCUGCAGACACUCUCCUCAUUCCUUACUGAAUAAAACCUCGCUUUUAUGAACUCACUUCUGUACGCUGUCUUAUGUCGGUAUACAUGAGUUAAAGUAAGGUAAUUCAAAGCUAUUUCAGGGUGCAAUAAUGUAUGUAGACUACAUAUCGAGGAAAGAGACAGGGAAAAAUAAUAAUUUUUUUACAAGUUCAUGAUUAUAAGAAAUUCAUUUAGGUAACAUAUCAGUGAAUUUAAGCAAAGUAAAUUAUUUACCCAUGUAUAGUGUGGCUGUACUGAAAGAACUGUAUCAUUAUUUAAAACUUUGAAUAGAAUUUAUUGUAUUGUUGACAUAAUGUUUUCUAAUAUAUACAAUAUAAAUGUAGGAAGCUUUACAAAACUGUGAAAAUCUAUUACAGUGCAUAGAGUUUUUUACAGAAUUAUAUCAGUGUUCACAUGGGUUUAUAGCCUUUGUCAAAGAUAUUUUUAGAAACAGUCUCACAGAGAAGAGACAUUCGAUUUUUGUUUAUCAAUUUUUCACAAAAAGUCCACUAAAAUAAAUGUGAGGAUAUAUUGAAAAGUGUGUUCAUCAUGUCUGAAAUACUGGAAGAAGAAACUGCUGCUGCUGCUGCUCCAGCAACAGAACUUACAAUUAAUUUAGAAACGAAAGCACAUGAAAUACCUGAGGAAGAAUCUGUUCCAGUAGAAAGUCAUUCAGAAGAGAAAGCAUAUGAAAUACUUGAAUCUGCUCUGGCAACAGAAAUUAAAGUUCCUUCAGAAGAGAACUCUGAAAUACUUGAAGAGAACUCUGCUCCAGCAACAGAAGUUAAGACAUACCAAUGCUUAGAGUGUGUAAAAGAUUUUCCAACCAUAUCUGAGUUGCUAUCACACAGAGCAAUUCAUAUGGAAGAUAAACCACACCAGGAUUUAUUGGUCCAAAAUGAUUUUUCACUUAAUUCUGAUUUAUUAAAACACAUGGAUAUUCAUUCAGGACCAAAACCAUACCAAUGUUCUUUGUGUCAAAAAGAGUUUUUGCAAAAAACUUACCUAGUAAGACACAUGAGACUUCAUAGCGGAGUGAAACCAUUUCAGUGUACAGAAUGUCCAAAAAACUUUUCAUAUAAAGCUGGUUUAAUUACUCACAUGAGAGUUCAUACAGGAAUAAACCCAUUUCAUUGUUCUUUGUGUGUAAAAGAUUUUUCAACAAAAUCUAAUUUAAUAAAACACCUCAAAAAUCAUCUCGGGGUAAAACCUUAUCAAUGCAUAGUAUGUUCCAAGCGCUUCUCAAAUAAAUUUGAUUUAGUAAAACACUUGAGAAUUCAUACUGGAGAGAAGCCAUACCAGUGUUCAAAAUGUCAAAAAGAUUUCUCUGAUAAAUCUGAUUUAACGAAACACAUGAGAAUUCAUACGCAAGUAGUGGAGCCGUAUCAGUGUUCAGAGUGUGACAAAGUUUGUUCCAAUAAGUAUGAUUUAGUAAAUCACAUGAGAAAUCAUACAGGAGAGAAAGCACAUCAGUGUUCACAGUGUUUAAAAUUCUAUUCGAGUAAAUCAAAUUUAGCUAGACAUAUGGCAAGGCAUACUGGAGAUAAUGAUAUCAGUGUUUAGCGCCAGAGAUUUUUCUAUUGCAGUAAAUAUAUUUAAUAAAUCACAUGAAAAAUCAUAUAGGAAAGAAACCAAAUUAAUUCUCUAAGUGGAUGAGAGUUCAUUUUGUGUGAAAAAUAUUACUGUGCUCAUUGUGUCUUAAAAGAUUUUAUAAAUCAUUUAGUAAAAUGCAUGAGAAACUCAUAUUAGAGAAUACAUACUGAUAGGUGGAGUAGGUGGCAGUUGUGACAGUAACAGUAAUGACCCCGGGCCAGGCUCUGGGAGUAGAAAAACUCUUGAAACUCGUCAAAGAUAUAUCAAAAUGUGUGUAACCAACCAACAUUGUUGUUUCUACGUGGGUUUUGUCUCGUAUUUCCAGAGUCUGUUAAAUCAAGGUCUGUUAACCCUUAAACUGUGUAUGACUUGAAUCAUACAUCUGGGGACUAGACUGUGUAUAACUUGGGUCAUACAUUCGGGGACUGAGCUGUGUAUGUCUUGGUUCAUGCAUUUGUGGACUUGGCUGUGUAUGACUCACAGUGUAUGCCCAAUUUUUUCGUGCCUUCAACUUUGCUGUGAGUCACCAUUUUAGGUCUUGGGUCAACCAUUUGGAUUACCUACCACCACCUCUUGCCUAGGAAAAAACUGUAGGACCAGUUAGGUCCACAUAGUGUAUCAUGGUAAAACAGUACAGGACCAAGUGGUCCACAUAGUGUAUCAUGGUGAAACAGUACAGGACCAAGUGGUCCACAUAGUGUAUCAUGGUGAAACAGUACAGGACCAAGUGGUCCACAUAGUGUAUCAUGGUGAAACAGUACAGGACCAGGUGGUUCACUAGUGUAUCAUGAGGAGACAGUGUCUCAGAAGCACAUGUUAACAACACAGACAAGACUUGUUUUGCCCUAAUUACAUUCUUCCCAGCAAACAUAGUAUGGUACUGGCAGAAAGAUGCCUUGCUUGUUCUAAAUUUAUUAGUUUGGAAUUCAGUCAAUGCACACUUGAGCAUGUAAUUUAUUUUCUCAGGAUUUGCCAAUAAAGGCAAUGUGGCUUGUUUUCCAAUUUUGAGGAUUAUCAGACUUUGAUAGGGUUUCAAGCUGGCAAGAAACUAUAAUAAAUUUGUUUCAAAUUUAUUGCAAUUUUAUAAUCUUAACAGUGGAAUUCAGCCAAAACAUGUAGAUAAUUUAACAUAGGAUCAUCAAAAAAAAACAAAAGUCAAACAAACAAUAUGACUUGUUUCUACAUUUUAAGGAGUAUUACAAUUUGACAUUAUUGAAAUAUCACAAGAUUUCCUUGUAGGUAGUAUUAGAAGACAGAUACAACCACUGAAAAUAAGACAAAAAUUGUAGAAUUUACAGCGAAUAUUGGAAUUUGGGCUAAGACUUGCUGUGCUUCUCUGCAUUUUUCAAGUGCUAAAACUCUUUUAAACACUGUACAUUGUUUUGAACAUUGAAAACAAAACAUUUAUAAAUACUAUAAAUUUGGCUUAAGUUAAUUGGAAAGUGUGAGUACUCCUAUGAGUAUUUACUCUGGUGUUGACGAUCACUGAUGUAUUUUACCCACUUCAACACUAUAAAUUGGUAAACUUUCUUCCGUCUUUCAUUAUUUUAAGUUUGCUUUCAAAAACUGAAAAAUUUUAAAUGGUAAGAUAUUCUUUUUUUUUUUUUUUUUUUUUUAAUUUUCAUUCUGUCUACACACCGUUCCUGGUCUGACAUGGUUUAAGGGUUAAAUCAUAUACUUAUCAUGUAAAUGUGUUGUUUGAUUAGAAUACACUACAAAAUUGGAGCUAGUAAAGUGUAUAUGUAAGGAGCCUGGGUAAGUGCUCAAGGUACUGAAGGUUUUAGCAGCUAUGAUAAUAUCAUUAGAUUGUAUAAUUGGAGAUACAAUGUAGUGACUGUUCUUGUGGUAUUAAUAUGCAAAAAAAUUAUUGUGAAACUUAAUAUAAGGGGAAAAAGCUGUAACCAAAAAAAAAAAAAAAAAUUUUUAACUAGGACUAUCUAGAAAAAAAUUGGGUACUAGCCCUUAGCCCUUUGUGGGUCAGCACUUGGGCAUAGUAAACUGCAUUGCCUGCAACUUCCUAUACAGUGAAGUUGUACAUACAGAGGUUGAUCAACAACUGUCCUCUGCUGUUUGUCAUGCAUGACAACACUUCUGGCUGGCAGGUUCAGACUUACCUACUUACCUCAGUCUGUUGGUCUUUAAGGUUUUUCAAAGCCCUUUUGUGAUGCAAGUCCUUUUAUGGGACUUCUAUCUUCUGGUCACAUUGCUGCUAAGAGACUUUCAUUUGUCAUUUAUUCAUCAGGAACAGCAUCCUGAUAAAAGUUUUCUCAGAUGACCCACUCACUCACUCCUGAAGGAAAGAGGGUGAUGUAGAACUGAGGUACUAUUACUAGCCCUCUGUUGGGAGCCCAGUGGUGCCAUCCCUGUGGGUGUGGAUGAAUGUUUGUUGUCAUGGUACCAGUGGUUCCAUCCCUGUUGGUGUGGAUGGAUGCUUGUUGUCAUGGUGCCAGUUGUGCCAUCCCUGUGAGUGUGGAUGGAUGCUUGUCAUGGUGCCAGUGGUGCCAUCCCUGUGGGAGUGGAUGGAUGCUUGUCAUGGUGCAAGUGGUGCCAUCCCUGUGGGUGUGGAUAGAUGUUUGUCAUGGUGCCAGUGGUGCCAUCCCUGUGGGUGUGGAUGGAUGCUUGUUGUCUUGGUGCCAGUGUACUUAUGGUGGUGACGCACUGUCUUUGAGUAAAAGUUGUGUAACAGUUAUAUACUUGAGUGUCAGUGAUGUGUAGUCAGUAUCUUUAUUUUGGUAUUAUCAGUGGUCUCUUCAAAACUCAGUAAAGCUGGCUCUAAUCAGGGUCAACCAACCCCAACCUUGGGCUAAAACCUCAGUUCUGGGGUAACUAAGUCUGAUCACCCCAUGGCCUGCAGAAAUCCAAGGACUAACUUGUAUACAGUAUUUCUCUCUGUCUCUGGGACUCUUGUGACUAGAUAAAAUGAAAUUUGAUUUUGUAGUCAAAUUAUUUUUGUGCUCAUAUAGGACCACCAGCAUCUUAAAGACAUAAAAUAAUAAUUGUAAUGUGGGUUGAUUAGCAAUGCCCCCAGUGGCAGGAUGGAGCUUUCCUUUCAAACUUCACCCUAAUGUAAGUUAAGUAUGCUGGACAGAAUGAAAUUUAUCAACUAACUGAUUGUCUUUUAAUCACAGCCCUGGCAUCUUCCACAGUGCAUUAGAGGCUUAUUAACUGCUCUUGUAACAGCCAGUAAGAAGUUUCCUGAAAGAUACCACGACCGAUACAACUACCUAUGACAUUAUUCCAGAUCUUUAUCAUCCCCGCCUCCAACCUGGCCUUGGAUUCAUAACCCAUUUAAAAUGGGGGUACUGCUGGCUUUUUUUCUGGUUUGUCCUCUGCCAUUACUUCCUGAAAGACAAUUACUCUUGUCUAAAUAUAUGGUUUUGAUAAGCCUUGCUCAAUUACUUUUGGUGGUGUCAACCUGGUUAGGGCUGGAGAUUAUUUUUGAGAAUAAUUGCACUAUUCAUCACACGAAAAAGGAUCACUUCUCAGGGUUGAUUAGUGGCUUCUUGUUUAUUGUCAAGGAUGCUUUCAUCUUUAUUUUAUGCUAGAUUAGAUGAUUCAGUUGUCUCCUGGUUAUGUGACUGUUCCAACACAUCUAGAUUCCCACACCUGUAAUCUCUCCCUUGUGUGUAGAUCUCUCUGUCUGCUUCUUCUAUGGUGUUUGAUAUUGAUUUGACUUUUAACAAAUGAUCUCCACAACAACAAUCAUUUCCCUUUUUCUCAUUAUAGCAUAAAUGUAAAAUACACUCAGUGAAGAGCAGAGGUGUAAUGGACACAAAAUAGAAUAUUGUAUUACAAUCCAUGGUCUGCAGCUGCUCAGUCUGCUACCAGCAGAUAUCAGAAAUAUUGCUGGAAUGAGUGUAGUUUUCAUGAGGAGACUCAAAUCAUUGUCUCUGCUAAAUAUGUCACUGGUGAUGAAUAUGUGACACAGUGGGCCACCAACAGCAGUUGUCUGGUUAACCAGGCUUUCUUCUUUCUUUCAACGUACCAGCUGUAUCCCACCGAGGCAGGGUGGCCCCAAAGGAAAAACGAAAGUUUCUUCUUUUAAAUUUAGUGAUAUAUACAAGAGAAGGGGUUACUAGCCCCUUGCUCCCGGCAUUUUAGUCGCCUCUUACGACACGCAUGGCUUACGGAGGAAGAAUUCUGUUCCACUUCCCCAUGGAGAUAGGAAAUAAACAAGAACAAGAACUAGCAAGAAAAUAGAAGAAAACCCAGAGGGGUAUGUAUAUAUGUGCUUGUACAUGUAUGUGUAGUGUGACCUAAGUGUAAGUAGAAGUAGCAAGAUGUACCUGAAAUCUUGCCUGUUUAUGAGACAGAAAAAAAGGACACCAGCAAUCUUACCAUCAUGUAAAACAAUUACAGGCUUUCAUUUUACACUCGCUUGACAGGAUGGUAGUACCUCCCUGGGCAGUUGCUGUCUACCAACCUACUACCUAUAGAUUAACCAGACAAACAAUGGAAAAGCCUGUCCCUGGGCUAGGCUGCGUGAAUAGGAAGAUUAUUGAAACUGGUCACAGGUAUAUUACAGGUGCUUUGAAUGGAACAGUCAGUCAGACAGUGGUCUUUAGGCAAGAGAAAAAGCACAAGUGAUUUCAGUAGUGUCACCAUUGACAUUAUUUUCUUGUUUUGAAAGUUCUUGUUAUUCACCCUCUCAUUUUUCUGGUUUUGGCAGCAUUUACCUUGUGUUUUCUAAAUGAUAGGUUAUCUGAAAUUAUUGUACCCAGGUGUUGCUUCAACAUAGACUUUCUAGCACACCUCAUAAGUUGGAUAACAUUUCAAGUAAUUACCCUCUUAUUUGCAAAUUGCAAAGGACAUUUAAAGUUAUAUGGUACCUAGAGACUUUAAAGCUUUUUGGCUACUCCACUAUCUUGUGUACGGUCAUCAUGCCUUUUUUGAAUGCCAGGAUGUUAUUGUCUUCAUUUUUUGACCUAGAAAAAAUAAUUAUACAUUGGAUAAUAUCACAUCUUGUCCCAAGUACAUUCUUUUAGUCUAGAGACUAACUGGAACUCUUGUUCCAAGGCAUUUAUGGCAGACACUUUUGUGUUUGGCUUAAUAACAGUCUUUGCCAGCCAAGCCUUUGCUCAGGCAGGAGGUAGCCCAGAAGAAUAUAAAGUGCACAAUGAUUUUACCUAAUAUAGUUUUAUAUAUGUUAAAUUUGAAUGAUUUUGCCAUUACUCAUACUGGUACAGUCAGUUGACAUUGAUAAGCGACAGUUGACUGUAAUACCACUUGAACCACACCUCACAUCCUUAGGUGCUUAGUAUGCAAAUCAAAUUUUGUAAGCUUCCUGAAAGUUGCAUGUAAUAGACUGGAUUUAUUUAGAAUUUUCUCAUUGUUUCUGAGGUAGUAAUAGGCAAAUUCUCUUUAGGCUUCUGUACAUUAAUUUUUUUUGGACCUGGUGUCAUUCUUCUUCAGGAAGUGCAUUUGUGUCUAGAGCCUUUUCUUUGUUCCCAGUCAGAAGUUUAUAUGCAUAUCCUAAUGUUCCUUCCUUAACAGACUGCAGUCAUGCCUAUCAUUUCCGCUGUCUUUUUAGCUUCCAUGGCCUUCAUGAUCCUGCAACCUUUAAAAUUACCACUGAUAUUAUUAAAAUUGCUUUUACAAUCAUCACCUAUGUUACAGUCCUUCAGUCUCUACUUUCAGGUUCUUGUUGCUUACCUCACUUAUACUUCCUUUUCUGUAUAUUUUUUUUAUUAAUGCAUUGCCCAUUUCCCACUGAGGGUUUAUUUUUUUUAUUAACACAUCAGCUGAUUCCCACUGAGGCAGGGUGACCCGAAAAAGAAGAAACACUUUCAUCGUCAUCAUCAUUCACUCCAUCACUGUCUUGCCAGAGGUGUGCCUACACUACAGUUCAAAAACUGCAAUGUAUCUCCACCCGUCCUUCAGAGCACAGGCACUGUACUUCCUGCCUCCAGGACUCAAGCUCAGCAAAUCAGUUUCCCAGAAUCCCUUCAUAAAUGUUACAAUUCUCACACUCCAACAACAUGUCAAGUCAUGAAAACUAUUUACCUCCACUCGCCCCUGUCUUACACGCUCAUGCAUGCUUCCUGGAAGUCUAAGCUCCUCACACACAAAACCUUUACCUCCUCUCUCCAAUCUUUCCUAGGACGACCCCUACCCCGCCUUCCUUCCACAAUAGAUUUAUACGCCUUCGAAGUCAGUCUUUCAUUCUAUCAGCAAAAAGCAACUGUGACAACUCCCACUCGUAAUCCAACAACUCUUCUCAACACCCAAGCAUUCACUUCUCUUACAACCCCAUCUAUAAAUACAGUAGGGCCCCACUUAAACAGCAGGUGAGGUUCCAGGCUACCGCCAGAAAGCGGAUAUCGCCGGAAAGCAGAGCGCCAUUUUUUCUGCUUAUAAAUGUAUAUAAAUGCAAGAUAAUAAGGUUACACUAACAUAUAUUAAGUUAGCAGUAGUCUUAAUGUAGGGUGAGAGGUGAACAGUAUUUAUUUGUAAAAAGUCAGUUGAGGGAGGUAUGGUAGCCUCCCUGGCCACCCCACUUACAUGUAAUAUACAUGUACUACAACAUUUAAAUCACCAUAGAGAAAUAAAAUGCAUAUAUAGUACACUCAUUACUUACCUUAAAAUAUUUGAAGUCUUAACCCCUUCAGGGUCCAAGGCCAAAAUCUGAAGUGGUGCCCCAGUGUCCAAGAAUUUAAAAAAAAAAUUAGUUAUUUUUUCUUAUGAAAUGCUUGAGAAUCUUUUUGUGAAGGUAAUAAAACAAAAAGUAUGAAAUUUGAUGGAAAAUUGACGAAAUUAUGCUCUCGCGAAUUUUGAUGUGUCAGGGAUAUUUGCGAAUCGGCUAUUUUGCCGACUUUGACUCCCAUUUUAGGCCAAUUACUUUAUUCCAGUCGACCAAAUUCUUAGCUAUUUCACUAGUAUUACUUCUAUCGAUUGAGCACAAGAAAUCGCCAAGUCAACUGUUUCAACUACAAAAUAAAUUGAUCGUAAGUUGGUAAUUUGGCCAAUUUAACAUAGUUCAAAAUAUUCCAAUUUCAAAAUAGGGUCCAGAAUAAACAAUGUAGGUAUUCCUGGCACUAAACUAACAUUUCCUCUGUUCAUUAGUUAUGUUUUGAGGCUUUAUAAAUAGAUUCCAUUUUGAUUUUUUAUUCACAUAAUGAAUUUUUAUUCACACCAAAAAAUAGAAGAUUUACUGUUAUGCAAUAUUGUAAUAAUUGUAUAAAUAUCAUCACCACAUUUGUGAAUGUAUAUUAGACCCACCAGCUGGCGUGUAUUAGACAUGUGAGGUCGUUUGUUUACUCUUGAACAUCAGCAAAAAUUUAACAUUUCUGCUACUUUGAGCUCAGUUUCAAGCCAUUUCCAGUGCUUAAACCAAUCAAAAUCAUCUCUAUUUCUGUAAUAUGUCUUCCAUUCUAUCUAAUGAGACCAAGAAAUCACAAAUACAACUAUAAAAAACAUACGAAAAAAACACUGCAAAGUCGCUGUUUUAAUAAAAAAUCAUGGUCUCAUUUUUUUUUCUCUCAUUAUACACAGUGUGCUGCAGGAUUUGUUUUGUGGUGCACGCAUACCACAUAGAUGUAUUCUCUCAUAUCUAGGCCCAAAUGUACCACUCACAGUUUAUCAGAGAGAGCUGAGCUCAUGACGUAGAUCUACGGUUUGGACCCUGAACGUAAAGCCGUAGAUCUACGGGACGGACCCUGAAAGGGUUAAUGUAGGAUGAGAGGUGAGUAAACGAGAUAAAAAUGAUUAAACAAGAGAGAGAGAGAAUGAGUAAAUGAGAAAGGACAGAGCUGCAGAGUAUGUAAACAAUGUCACUGGUGGGUUGAUACAUGUUCAUUUCCAUAUUUGUAAAGCUUAUAUCAUAAUAAAAAUGCCUGAUGUUGAGUACAAGUUGUCUCCUUGUUGGUACAGUAAAAUAAAUAAAGAGCAACACACUCAUUCUCAUGUAGCACACAAUUUUUAGAAGGAAUGAUGCCCUUAAUGAAGGCAUACAAAAGGCAUAAUUUUCUACAGUUACCCCCAGUAAUACUAUUGUGUACACAUUUUCUUUGGUGUUGAACCAAAGAAAUUGUUAUUCUUUCUGACAAGACGACUGGAACAACAUCUAAUAUUUUUUUAAUUUAUUCUGUUGUAGGUUGUAUUUAUCAUGUUUAUAUGUUAUGUAGCUGUUUAUUAAAUAAUUUUGAAAAAAUAUCAUAGAUGGAUUAAGCAAUAUGUCUAUAUUAAUGUUUUAUACAACAUUUAAUGCAGCUCAGAGUAAUUAUUAUUGUGUUUUUUUUUAUCAUUUUUAAUACAGUGUCUCCAAGAUUAAUAAGACACUCUUUGUGAUUUUAAUGUGUACCUGCAUGCCAGCACAGUGUGUAAGUUUAUUUAGGUGCACUGGACCCUUGGUUUUCAUAAUUAAUCCAUUCCAGAGAAUCUGACGAAACUCGAAAAUUACAAAAACUGAAAUAAUUUUCCCCAUAAGAAAUAAUGUAAAUCAAAUUAAUCCAUUCCAGACACCCAAAAGUAUUAACAAAAAAUACAUUUUUUAGAGAAUAUAGUUUUAUAAUAAGAAAACAAUGAGAAAUAAAUAUAAAACACUAAUGAAAUGGAUAAAUGAACAUUUAACCCUUUCAGGAUUUCGGCAGUACUAGUACGGCUUAUGCAUCAAGGUUUUUGACGUACAGUGGACCCCCGGUUAACGAACUUUUUUCAUUCCAGUAGUAUGUUCAGGUGCCAGUACUGACCGAAUUUUUUCCCAUAAGGAAUAUUGUGAAGUAGAUUAGUCCAUUUCAGACCCCCAAACAUACAUGUACAAACGCACUUACAUAAAUACACUUACAUAAUUGGUCGCAUUUGGAGGUGAUCGUUAAGCGGGGGUCCACUGUACUAGUACACCUAAAUUUUAGCGCCCUCAAAUCUAGUGAGAGAAAGCUGGUAGGCCUACAUAUGAAAGAAUGGGUUUGUGGUCAGUGUGCACAGUAUAAAAAAAAUCCUGCAGCACACAGUGCGUAAUGAGAAAAAAAAAAAACUGACUGUGUUUUUGGAUUAAAACAUCGACUUUGCACUGUAUUUUUGUAUGGUAUUUAUUGUUGUAUUCUAGUUUUCCUGGUCUCAUUUUAUAGAAUGGAAGACAUAUUUCAGAAAUUGAGAUGAUUUUGACUGGUUUUACAAAGAAAAGCAUCUUGAAAUUGAGCUCAAAGUAGCAGAAAUGUUCGAUUUUUACCAAAGUUCAAAAGUAAACAAAUCAUGCUAUACAUUUAAUACACAUCAACUGGUGAGUCUAAUAUUCUUUCACAAGUGCGCUGAUAUUAUUUAUACCAUUUCUACACUAAUGCAGUAGUCUGCAUAACAGUAAAUCUUCUAUUUUUUUGUGAGAAUAAAAAUUCAAAGUGGAAAGCAAAAGAAUGUAAGAGGGGCAUGGGGACAUGACUACUGAACAGAGGAAAUGUUAUUUUAGUGCCAGGAAUGUCUUUCUUGUUUAUUCUGGACCCUAUUCGGAAAUUGGCAUCUUCUGAAAUUUGUGUGAAAUUGGCAAAAUUGCUAAAUUCUGACCACUGUAUUGGAUAGUUGAAAUCAGUAAAUGGGUGGUUUCUUGUACUCAUUCAAUAGAAAAAAUGGAGUUCUAGCGAAAUAGUUAUGAUUUUUGUCGACAAGUACACUGGAAUUGGCCGAAAAUAGGGCUCAAAGUGGGCAAAAUCGCUGAUGCGUAAACAUCGUCGAGACUGCUAACUUCGCGAGAGCAUAAUUCCAUAAGUUUUCCAUCAAAUUUCAUGCUUUUGGUGUCAUUAUGAUCGAGAAAAGAUUCUCUAUCUUUUCAUAAGAAUUUUUUUUUUUUUUUUUGAAAUUUGGCCAACCCUAAGAACAAGUCUCUGAGAGGGCCUCUCAACCUUGAAAGGGUUAAAUCACUUUUACCUUUAUUGAAGACUCCUGUUGGCAUAUGGAAAAGAGUGAGGAGGGGAGAGGGAGGCAAGUUUGUUUGGAGACAGGACAAAAUGCUUCAAUAUGAUGCUAAUAUCAACAAUAUGACGCUAAUAUCAACUCUGCGGCUUAUUUAUUUAUCAUAAUUCAUCUAAUAUGACAUAGUAAACAAUGUUAAUAUUGUAGAAGCAUGAUAUAUACACUAGAAUGAAUAAAAUAUGUCAUUGCGUAUGUGACGAGUGGCGGUGGUGUUAUUGUUGGGUUUAUAAGGGCCACUGACAGCAUAAGCCAUACAUAUAGUGGUGGUGGUGGCAGUAGAGGCCACCACCAUUAAUUACAGUGAAACAAUGUAAGUAAUUCAUAAAUAAGAAAUAUUUACAAUAUUUACACACACCUUGGAGAUGCUGGCAGAGGUUUAGGGUGGUGGAAGAUACUCAGUGCGGCAUAUGUUGUCAUUGGCCCUGUAUACCUCCAACAACAUUGGAGGAGUUAGUUUCGUGUUGUCUUUUCUAUCACUUAAUCGCUUAACUUACUUGCUACACCGAUAAUGCAACACUUUGUCGCUGGCUGGUGCUGUAGUCUUUAUCGACUCCUGCUGCUUUAGUAUCAUACAUAUUGCAGAAUCACUGAGGAAGGCACGUUCUCCCUUCUCUCUUCCUCCUCCACUUUGGUACUUUGCUAUGAGUUCUUGAAUUCUAUCACGUUUCUCACCUUCUCCACCAAAGGGCUGGUACUAGGAGCUUUCUUUGGGCCAUGGUGGCUUAUUUAGUAGUUACACACAAUAAACAAGCACAAAAAAUAAUGGAUUAUGAAAUGUUUUGUAUAACCUGGCAGGGUAAUGUUCACUUGCCAAGAAACAAUGCCACACUGAUUCAGAAUGGUGUGUGGGAGGCUUUGUGUGUGUGGGGACUCGGGUGUGUUCUGUACAACCGGCAAAACCAGAGGAAAUUAGCGACAACAGAGACUAUAUUGUGACAAAAAAAGUCGGCGAUAACCGAAAAUCACGAAAUCAGAGGGUAGCAAAAACAGAGGGUCCACUGUUCAAAUACACACAAGUAUAAUUAUCAGAGUACGUAUAUAUAAAAUAACUUUAAAACGCUUGAAAUUUGGAAAGCUUCCAGACGUAAUGGAGAGUCGUGCUCACAGAAAAUGUAAACAAACCAGGUGGGGCAUGGUGACCGUAUUAGAAAGUCAGGUGGAGGAACCAUAUAGCAAGUUUUGGUCAUAAUUUGAAAUGUCCGUAUUAGCAGAACGCCACAAGGUAUUUAGAUAAGGGUCAUGCAUCCUGGGAAAUAAUAUCCCUCUCUCCUAAAUACUCCAACCUGUGUCUCACUAUCCUAGUAAAAAUUCUUAACUGCUUUCAGUAACUUACCACCUAUUCCAUACACUUGCAACAUCUGACACAGUGCUUCCCUAUCAUAUGUCUUUUCCAAAUCCAUAAAUGCAAUGAAAACCUUUAUGUAAAUACUGUUCACCUAUAUGCUUCACUGUAAACACUUGUUCUACACACCUCCUAAAGCCUCCUUAUUCACUCAAAAUCCUGCUCUCCAUCUUACUCUUAAUUCUUUCAAUAAUAACUACCAUACAUCUUACCAGGUAUGCUCAACAGACUUACUUUCCUAUAAUUUUUUACAUUCUCACUUGUCUCCUUUGCCUUUCUACAAAGGAACUAUAAAUGCUUUCUGCCAGUCUCUAGGUACCUCCUCCUCUUUUGUACAUUUAUUAAAUAAAAGCACCAACCAUUGCAAAACUAUAUUCCCACCUGCUUUUAACAUUACCAUCUUUAUCCCAUAAAUCCCAGCUGGUUUACUUCCCUUUUAUUCUACCCACAGCCUCAUGCACUUCCCCCACACUAACAUCUGCCUCGUCCUCACUCCUACAAGAUGUUAUACCUCCAUGCCCAGUGGACACAAUCACAGAUUCCCCAUCUUCAUCAACAUUUAACAGUUCCUCAAAAUAUUCUCUCCAUCUACCUAAUGCCUCCAACUUUCUAUCUAAUAACUCUCCUCUCCUAUUUUUAACUGUCAAAUCCAUUCAUUCCCUAGGUUUUCUCAACCUAUUAAUCUCACUCCAAAACAUUUUCUGAUUCUCAUCACAAUUUGUUGACAGUAUCUCACCCAUUCUCUCAUUUGCUCUCCUUUUACAUUCCUUCCCUACUUUCUUAAUCUAUCUCUUAUUCUCUCCAUAUACUCCUACCUCCUGUUACGGUUCAAAUCUUAAUCUUUAGCCAGGUUAGUGCAUUCCGUAACAACACACUUCAUAGAAUGAAAGGAUAUGUUUCCAAACUUAGAAAUGUAAGGCACAAAUAAUAGUUACUCAGUCUUUUCAAGUUUCUUUUUAUUUAAAAGCUUAAAUACUUUAGAUAUUCAUAAAUAUCUAUUAAAUAUCACUGUCAGGAACUUUCCUUCACACAAGAAAACUCUUAAAUAGAAUGUACAUGUCAAUAUGGUCACUACACUUGACAAUGAUCAGAGGAAUAUUAUCGCUUCCUCAGUAGUAACAUUACUUGUGUGCAAGUACAUAUAUUGAGAAUUAACACUUUUUCUGAGUAACUCCCUGGCAUAAGGAAUAUAUCACAAAGUUCUAAGCUUGACACUGGUCGUCACAUCGUAACCUGAAGAUAACAGUAUAUGAUUGUCAGCAGACUUCACAAUAAACCACAAGCUGGAUCAGGAGUUUCUAUAACCCAAUUCUCUAUCCAAGUGAGAAUAAGGCGGAGUACUAGGAGGGUAGCUCAGUCAAUGCACACUGAGUCAGCAGAGAGAGUGAACUGAACUAUACAGUAAAUUCCUUCAUGACAUCAACUCGUCAAAAGGGGGAGAGGGUAGAGCGGUGCAAACUACCCACCAGUGGAGAUACCUUGUUAUAAACCUUAGCCAGGAGUACCUAUCUAACACAUUACUCAAGAUAUAUAUAUAUACAUCAUACCCGGGUAUAUUCCUAAAUCAGAUAAUAUUAUAAACUAGUGGAAUCUUUAAUUUAGCUAAUAUUAAAGAAACCCAGAGUAUAAUAUUAAGUGGAUAAUACAUAUAAAUUAAUCACAUUAUGACAUUGGUCAUAACACCUCCUUAUAACACUUAUACUUUGUAAAAAACCUCUGAUAUGCUAACUUUUUCUCUUUACCUCACCAUUCUUCUUACCUCCCACACCCACUUUCCUGUAACCACAUACUUCUGCUGAACACUAACACUGCAUUCUUAAGUCUACCCAUACUUCUUCAGCCUCAUUGCCUAUACUCACACUAGCCCAUCUUCCUUCCAAUAGUUAUUUAUAUCUUACCCUAACUGCCUUCUCUUUAGUUUUUAAACCUUCACCACUCUUAUUUGCUGAUGCAAUUCUUCUUGUAUCCCAUCUACCUUUUACUUUCACUGUAGCUGCAACUAAAAAGUGUUCUGAUAUAUUUGUUGCCCCUCUAUAAACAUGCAUAUCCUGAAGUCUACCCAUCAACUUUUGUUUACCAAUACAUAGCCUAACAGACUACUGUCAUAUACAGUAGACCUUGGUUUAACACGGUAGUUACAUUCCUGAAAAUGCUGUGGUAGUUAAAACCAUGUUAGACAAACUGGACAACUUGUGGAAAAAAUAAGGUUACGUUCCUGGGAGCCCCCAAAAAGCCAAACAACUUUUUUUUUAGACCAACAGAUCUUACAAAAAUAAAAGUGAAUAUAUAAUUGUGGUUCAUUGUCGUGAUGUACUAUGUUGUUUUCACUGCUUAAGACUACAAAUGUAACAGAAAUAAUAGUAUUUCUUACCUUAAAUUAUGGGUGCUUGUGUUUGUGGAUGAAUGUGAAGAGAGUGGAGAGUUAUGCUGUGGUCCUACUGGGCUGAGGUGGAUGGUAGAGGUCCUUGUACUGAAGUUGAUGGUUGUACUGGAGUGCGCAUGAAUUCUGUAAUGGAUUUCUGUUCUAUUUUACCCCACAGUACAUUAUACAACUUAGGGUAAGGCAUCAACUGCUCUAGACACCAUUUCAGGAUCCUCUUCAGUGAAAAAGUAACUUUAAGUCAGUAAAUCAGUCAAAUCAGUAAGUCAAUCAGUCAGUCAGUCAUGUAAAUCAGUAAGUCAUCACACAAACUCAGAUUUACCUCGGUCGUUUUAUUUGCACAAAGUGACGCUCCAUUAUGGCCACAGGCUAUCUCUUGUCUAAUUGUCUAAUAUCUCUAUUUCCUUCGUUAAUUCUAAGCCUUAAACGCUGAAAUCUUUUCUUGCCACUUUCAGCAAUGCUUGUAUGCCUACUGGGUGCCAUGAUUGCUUGGCAGAUUUAAGAUAUGGCAAUUAAAAGAUCUAAACUCAAACCACAAACAAAAAUAAACACAGGUAGCUCCUAGCAGGCGUCCUACACACGUAUGAACCGGCUGGGACAAUGGUGGGACGGGUGGCAGGGGAUGGCAGUAGGUCUCCUCCGUUGAUUCAGUGGUUUAGCCCACAGCCAAGCAGAGUGUAUGCCGCGAGCAACACAUGCUCCAAAUUUUUUCCCCUCCCACAAAGUGAACCAUGUUAAGUUAAUUUUGCAAAGUGUUAUACAAAAAUAUACCACAAUUCUUCAUUAAUGCUAUAACCAAAACGUGCCAAAUAAAAUAAAUAACAAAAAGGCACAAUACCGUGACUGGAACGAUACUCAAAUAACCCGCACAUAAAAGACAGAAGCUUACGACGACGUUUCGGUCCGACUUGGACCAUUGACAAAGUCACACUAACACAUGUGCGGCGUCUGGUUGUCUUUGUUGUGGACGUUUCGCCAUCCAGUGGCUGGCUGGAUGGCGAAACGUCUACGGUGGGGAUGCCCGGGUGUUGUGCGUGUGUCAUUUCAUCCUGUCGGUAUUAUAUACAAUUCUUGUACUACUACUACUACUACUACCACUACUACUACCUCCACCUCUUUCUGCCUAUAUAUAGCCGUCCUGCUCCUUCUCUGUUAGUGUGACUUUGUCAAUGGUCCAAGUCGGACCAAAACGUCGUCGUAAGCUUCUGUCUUUUAUGUGCGGGUUAUUUGAGUAUGAGUGCCAAAUAAAACAGUGUUAAACGACAAUCUGCUGUUUUACAACUCGCAUACUUAUUUAUCCUUUUUUUGUUUCUUAAAAUAUGUAUUACCUAUUACUAAGCCUCUUUCUAUACAAAGUUCAGUCAAAGGCCCUUCAUAAUCAUUUACACCUGGCACCCCAAACUUACCACACCCUCUCUAACCAUUUUUCCCACUUUAGCAUUUAGGUUCACAACUGCAGUUAUUCUCUCACUUUGUUCAGAGGUUCCUAAACACUUGACAUCUCCCAAAGUCUCCUCCUCUCUCUGUACACUCCUCUCUUCUCCAGGUGCAUUAAUACUUAUUAUAACAAACUUUUUGCAUCCAACUCUUAUUUUAAUCCUUGUAAUUCUUGAAUUUGUACAUUUAUAUUCCCUCUUCUCCUGCCAUAGCUAAUCCUUCAAAAUUAUUUUUCCAACCCCUUCCUUAUCUCUUAACUCUCUGAUGCCCUUAACCUAAUCCCAUUUAUUUCUCCCCACUGAACCUGCCCUACCCUGUUUCAGCUUUGUUUUGCUUUGUUUGCCUUUUUAAUUAUUGCAUUUGGUUCUGGUGGUACAUUUAUGUCCUUUCUUUUGCAAAGUUUUGCAUCUCCACAUUAGACACGUUCCUUCUUCCUGAGAAUAGUAAACACUCUCAUUACAAUACAUUCCUGAUAAUUGGGAUCUUAAGGAAAUUGUCUCUGAAGUGAAGAGCACAUGACGAAGAAAUAAGGUUAUGUUAGUCACCUCCAAAUUUGUGAAUCAAAUUAUUGCAAUUUAUUUUUCAUUACAGUCUAGUUGUCAUUGUUUAGCAUAUAAGUGUGCAGAGAAGGUUAAUUUGGCAUUACUGAACUGAGGUGGAUGGCUGUGGUUUGUGUUGAUGUGCAGGAAUAUCAGUAGUUGUCUGCAAUGGACUACUUGUGUACAGCCUCUCCUCAUUUAGCAACAUACUCGUUUACUGAUGACUCAGCCUUUCGACGGGCUCUCUGACCCAUGUGCAAGCAUAAAUAACGUACAGUAGGGCCCCACUUUAUGGUGUUUUGCCUUAUAGCAUUCCGCUUAUAUGGCGAUUUCAAAUUUCGACCAAAACUCUCUAUACGGCAACCCGUCUUUCUAAUACGGCACACCCCACCCAGUUACAUUCUCCGUGAGCACAUCUCUCUACAGUGGACCCCCGGUUAACGAUAUUUUUUCACUCCAGAAGUAUGUUCAGGUGCCAGUACUGACCGAAUUUGUUCCCAUAAGAAAUAUUGUGAAGUAGAUUAGUCCAUUUCAGACCCCCAAACAUACACGUACAAACGCACUUACAUAAAUACACUUACAUAAUUGGUCACAUUCGGAGGUAAUCGUUAUGCGGGGGUCCACUGUAUUUUGUCUGGAAACUUUCCAAAAUUUCAAGUGUUUUAAAGUUAUUGCCUGUUUUAUAUGCGCUUUGAUAAUAAUACAGUGGACCCCCACUUAACGAUCACCUCCCAAUGCGACCAAUUAUGUAAGUGUAUUUAUGUAAGUGCGUUUGUACGUGUAGGUUUGGGGGUCUGAAAUGGACUAAUCUACUUCACAAUAUUCCUUAUGGGAACAAAUUCGGUCAGUACUGGCACCUGAACAUGCUUCUGGAAUGAAAAAAUAUCGUUAACCGGGGGGUCCACUGUACUUGUGUAUCUGUACCUAAAUACAGUGGACCCCCUCAUAACGAUUACCUCCGAAUGCGACCAAUUAUGUAAGUGUAUUUAUGUAAGUGAGUUUGUACGUGUAUGUUUGGGGGUCUGAAAUGGACUAAUCUACUUCACAAUAUUCCUUAUGGGAACAAAUUCGGUCAGUACUGGCACCUGAACAUACUUCUGGAGUGAAAAAAAUAUCGUUAACCGGGGGUCCACUGUAUACUUACAUACUGUGCCGGCAUGCAAGUACACAUUAAAAUCACUAAGAGUGUCCCUCAAGUCUUAACACCAUAGUAGUACUAAUAGUACGUAAUAAUAAUCACUCUUGGGCAAAUUAAGUGUCUUAUUUUACGUUAAUAUAGACAUUUUCAUUAAUCCAUGUAUGAUAUUUUCUUUGAAAUUAUAUAAGAAACACAUGUGGUAGCUGGGCGGAAAGAAAACAUUACGUUUUCUCUGGUCCAGCACCAAAGAAAACGUGUAUGAAUCUGCAUUUGGCCUAGUCACUCCCCUUAACACUCGACUUUUGUUUGCAAUUCUCGGCAUGAAUUAUUGAUUACUUCUCCCCUCGUUUAUGAUGGCAUCUAAAGGUAGUUGUUAGAGACAAUUAAAUUAAGUGAACAAGGUAUGUCGAUGGUAAUAAUAUGGCUCUGGGCUGCAGUGUAGGCAGCCGGUAGGUGUAGCUCAGGUGGGCUACAAUUACCAGCUACCUACACCUGACUUCUACAAAUAAGUACUACUCACCUCUUGCCCUACAUUAAUAAAGCUACAAAUAUUUUAAGGUAAGUAGUGAAUGUACUGUGUAUGUAUUUUACUUUUUAUUGUGUUUUUUAAAGCAUAGUUCUAUUACUAACUUAAUAUAAGUUAGUAUAAACUUGUUGUCUGGCAUUUAUAUGCAUUUAAAAGUGGAGGAAAAUGGUGUUCUGCUUUCCAGCGAUGUCCACUUAACAGCAAUAGCCUAGAACUUAACUUGCCAUGUAAGUGGGGCCCUACUGUAUAUUACAGCUGAUUCCCUCAAUUCUGUUUAUUACAAUAUACAAUACAAUAGCGUAUAAACAUUUUAAAAUAUACCAGAAAUGUUGUAAAUGGUGCAAAGGUGACAUUAGAACACUUAGCGAUGAAUUUAUUUACUGACGUGGUCUUAGGAAUAUAACUCCGUCGUUAAGUGAGGAGAGGCUGUAUUCUGUAAUGUAUUGCUGAUCUGUUUUACUCUGCAGUAUUGACCUUUUUGAUGUUCUUUUAUCCAGGUCACAAUCUUCACUACUUAUUGCAUAAUCUCAUAUUUUCUCAUUGUUUUGAAUUGUACAAACAGUGGAUUCUCUCAGACCAAAAUUGCAGGCUGCCUGUACUCCACUUAUUACAAUACCUCUAGUAAUUCUUGCUCUAUUUACUUCACACCUCCAGCAUCACUAGUAUUUCUCUUGAAAGAAAUAAGGCAGUGGGAGGAUCCAAGAAGUUUGAUAAACAGGCACAUUGAUCCCAGCCAACCAUUGGGACCAACUUGGGUCGGAGGGGAAAAUCCCCACAAUGCGGACUACUAAAAUUUUGCAUAUAUCUUGAUUCUUUUGCAUGUAGUGCAUACUUUCAAGGCUUUUCAAGCAAUUUUCAAAAAUGAAUGCACUUUUCCAGUUGUGUUUAGACAAAAAUCAUACAGUACCAUGUAGUGUUACAUUAUAAGAGGGGUUACUCUAUUUUCACUUGUGCUUGAAUGGUACCACUGUGUAAACAAUUUAUUUUUAAGCCUGUGAUGUGUAAUAUGCAGCAGAUUUUCCUGAUAGUGUAAUUCACAGAUACUUGGCAAAAAACAGUCAGUAUUUAAUAGUUACAUUCACUUCUUGAUGCUGUUAUCCACAUCACUUCUCUGUCUGUGUCUUUCAUUGUUGUAGCUUCUUUACAGUAGCUUUACUACAGAACUUUGGUUCCCUGUAUUUACUUUGCAUUCAGCAAUCACUGUGUCACCUCUUUGGCAAAUACAAGGAUUAUGCCUUUUACUGUAUCUUAACAUUAUGGUAUUCAGGGCAGUGAAGUUCUUGACUGCAAUUCUGCUAUUCAGGGCUUUCCUAUCUUGCAUAGAGACUUGCCUUUAUUCAACUUUUUUCCAAUGCUGUCCUGAUGCAUUUGAAAUAAUUGGCAGUGUUGUUAGUCAGUUUUUGAUUAAGAAGCAGUUUUUAAUCAAACCACAAUUAAAUUUCUAGCAGAUGUGUUUCCCUCAUUGUUGGUUGUGGGGAAACAGUACUUGUACACCUGGUAUUUGGACAUACGGAGCUCACUCAUAGUAAUCAUAUGAAGGGACGUCCAGUACCUUUUAAGAAUUAUCAUGUUUUGUUACUGGAUGAACUUGACUGAUCGUUCCAGUCAUUAAGAGUGCAUUAUUAGGAAUUGGCACUUUACAUUAGCAAUAGUAUUCAUUAGCAGGGAUACACAAGUAAAGAAACUUACUAUGUUAGGUUGGCAGUUGUGCUAAUUCCAAAUGAUAAAAAAUAAAAGGAAGCAGUCAGUUUCUGGCUUGCUUAAUUUAAGAAAAGUUGAUUGGGUAUGAACACAGAGAAACCCCAAUAAAUUGACGGGAUUGGAAGGUUAAUGGGCUGAGCAACAAAUCCACACAGUGCUAUGUUGAUUGUAAUAGUAAGCUAUAUAAACACAAGUGUAGCAAAAUUAUGGUCUUGGUCAUAAUUAAGACAAUAGCAGAUGAGAAAGUUGCCAGGAUAGUAUCACACCCAGGGCACAGAGAAGAUAUUCAAACACACUAGUUUAGCCCCCCAUAAUCAAAGAGUAACAGUUGGAUUUAAUAUAUGGUCCCAAGGGUUUUCAUCCUGCAUAAAAAAAAUAUUGCAAAGUGGGUGCUGAAUUAUCUUUUCAAAGAUUUUCAUAGGUGAACAUUCCAAUUGAAAAGUCACAAAUGUAACAAAAAAGAAAAUGUAUGGUAAAAAUCAGAUUCACGCCCCUUUUAAAAGAGGUUUGGUUAAUAGGUCAAGGCAUUGACUUAAGCCGGUGUGAGAACUGGACCUGCCUUGCAUAGGUCAGUAGGCCUAUUGCAGUGUUCCUUCUUUCUUAUGUUCUUAUUCAUGGUCACCUUAAAGAUCCAGGCUAGUUCAGUACUCUACCUCCCUCCACCUAACCUCUGCACCUCCCUCAUCUAACCUCCAUACCUCCUCCUACCUAACCUCCAUGCCUCCUCUCACCUAACUUCCAUACCUCCUCCCAUAAAACUUCCAUACCUCCUCCCAUAAAACUUCCAUACCUCCUCCCAUAAAACUUCCAUACCUCCUCCUGCCUAACUUCCAUGCCUUCUCCCACCUAACCUCCAUACCUCCUCCCACCUAACUUCCAUCCCUCCAUGCUUCCUCUCACCUAACUUCCAUACCUCCUCCCAUAAAACUUCCAUACCUCCUCCUGCCUAACUUCCAUACCUCCUCCCACCUAACCUCCAUACCUCCCCCACCUAACCUCUGAACCUCCCCACUUUACCUCUGCAUCCCCCCACCUAACCUCCGUACCUCCUCCCACCUAACCUUCGUACCUCUCCCGCCUAACCCCCGUACUUCUCCCACCUAACCCCCGUACUUCUCCCGCCUAACCCCCGUACUUCUCCCACCUAACCUCCAUACCUCUCCUGCCUAACCUCCAUACCUCUCCCGCCUAACCUCCGUACCUCUCCCGCCUAACCUCCGUACCUCUCCCACUUAACCUCUGUACCUCCCCGCCUAACCUCCGUACCUCCCCGCCUAACCUCUAUACCUCCCCCGCCUAACCUCUAUACCUCCCCCGCCUAACCUCUGUACCUCCCCACCUAACCUCUGUACCUCCCCACCUAACCUCCAUAUCUCCUCCGCCUAACCUCCGUACCUCUCCCACUUAACCUCCGUACCUCCCCGCCUAACCUCCAUACCUCCCCCACCUAACCUCCGCACCUCCCCCGCCUAACCUCCACACCUCCCCCGCUUAACUUCUGUACCUCCCUGCCUAACUUCCGUACCUCCCCGCCUAGCCUCCGCACCUCCCCACCUAACCUCCGUACCUCCCUGCCUAACCUCCAUACCUCCCCCGCCUAACCUCCGUACCUCCCUGCCUAACCUCCGCACCUCCCCACCUAACCUCCGUACCUCCCUGCCUAACCUCCAUACCUCCCCUGCCUAAUUUCCGUACCUCCCCGCCUAACCUCCACACCUCCCCGCCUAACCUCCAUACCUCCCCCGCCUAACCUCCAUACCUCCCCCGCCUAACCUCCGUACCUCCCCGCCUAACCUCCGCACCUCCCCGCCUAACCUCCGCACCUCCCCGCCUAACCUCCGCACCUCCCCGCCUAACCUCCGCACCUCCCCGCCUAACCUCCGCACCUCCCCGCCUAACCUCCGUACCUCUCUGCAACCUGCCAGCCAAAAAAAUCAACAUUCUAAAGUCACAUAAAAUGAAAAAUAAAUAUUUCAUCAAAAAGAAUUAUACAUAAAUAUCUAUAUACAUAAGCACAUGUUUAUUAUAGUAUAUUUAUCAUAGUAAAAUAUGCAGAUAUUUUUUAAAGAAUGAUUCAGUUUAUUACAGCUGUGUUAAGUGUGGAUCUUUUUAUGUGCUAUUUUAAAAUUGUGUAUUGAAGUGAAGAUUCAGCGUGUCUAAUUUCAUGCACUUAUGCAAAAAAACUUUGUUUUACAAUAUCAAUAGGCCUACAUAGAGUUUGUUGCCUUGUAUUCUAAAGUAGCUUGUUGAUGUUGUAGUGUGUAGUGAGGGUUGAUGUUGAAGUGUGUAGAGAAGGUUAACAUUGAAGUGUGUAGAGAAGGUUAACACUGAAGUGUGUAGAGAAAGUUAACACUGAAGUAUAUAGAGAAGGUUAACAGUGAAGUGUAUGUAGAGAGGGUUGAACUGAAGUAUAUAGAGAGGGUUAAUGUGGCUCUACUCAGCUAAGGUGGAUGUCAGUUGCUCUUUUGCCAAUGUGGAUAUAAAGUCAGUAGUUGAUGGUUGUAUGGGAGUGCUCAAGUAUUCUGUAAUGUGUCUGGUCUAAACCAUACCACGGGCAGGGAUAGAACCCGUGAUUAGAGUCUCAAAACUCCAGACUGUCGCGUUAGCCACUGGACCAGCUAGCCACAAUAAGAUUCGUCCAACUAGGUAUAUUUCUACACCAUAGGAAGGUCUGGAGUUUUGAGACUCUCUGAUCGUGGGUUCUAUCCCCUCCCGUGGUAUGGUUUGUUUGCAAUCGUGUCAUUAUGAUUUCGUGAGUCAUGUUAACGGCUUUGAGGGGACUUGAGCUAGAGUUCGUCACGGCCACGCUAGCUAGAGAUUUGUCUGUAAAAACUUGCAUUUGUGGUCAGUGGUGCUUAUGCUAACCUUCCUAUGGUGUAGAAAUAUACAUAGUCGUAUGAAUCUUUUUGUGGCUAGCUGGUCCAGUGGCUAACACGAUGGUCUGGAGUUUUGAGACUCUCUGAUCGCAGGUUCUAUCCCCGCCCGUGGUAUGGUUUGUUUGCAAUCGUGUCAUUACAAUUUCGUGAGUCGUGUCUCGUCUGUUUUUACCCUGCUGCUUUACUUUAUACAGAUGACAAUACAGCAUCAUUGCCUCCUGCAGACCUCACUUCCUGGGAAUACUUCUAGAUGUCUGUGUCCUUUUUGGUGAAAAAAGUUUCCAGUUUGCUAAAAAAAAAAAAAAAAAAAAAAAAGGAAUAUCUCUCAUAACUCCUCACUAUUAUAUGUUUUUCUUGUAGUUGUUAUUCAUCAUCCUGUUCUUUUAUCUGCCUUUCUCCUAACUGGGAAUUAAGGUUCUCCAGCAUUUCUUCUGCAGAUACUUCAUCAUCAUCUAACAGUUCAUGCACAUCUUCAUGCAUAUCUUAAAAGCUCUAAUAUGUCACAGCACUUACCAGAGUUAUAGAUUGCCAAAAUUUACCCCAACCUGCAUUUAAGGUUGGUUAGGGCACUUCCUUCUAUGCCACUUUUAUCUGCCUACAUAGAGUAACAAUGUUUAAGCUGUGCCAGAAUUCUAAGAUUCCAGUCUGAUGUGUCAUGGCCUUGCAUUUGUAGUGGCAUUUAAAUGUCUUUCUUACACUUAGAUUCAGUGGUUGUAUCAGAAAUGUUAUAUUAGGUGGUAAAAAUACAACCUUGAGAUUUAGGUUUGCAAAUUGCAGAAUUUGAGAAUGAGUACAGGAUUCCUAAAGUGAGGAAAACCUUGAACACAAGGUUCUUUGUAGCAAGGUACAUCUUGACUACAGGAAUAAAAUAUUUAAACCAUACAACAAA